UAGAAAUUCUGUAGUACUCGCGGCGAAGAUAUCGCAAUUACAUCUUUCUUCAGUGCUGUGGGUAGAAAGCGUUGCGCAAACGAGCUGUGGAAUGCGCAAUUUUUUCCGACGUAACUGCGAAAGCUUCCUCGACUUGUGCGCGCGUUGCUAAGUCUAAGUGGUGUGGUACCCUGUUGCUCCACUCUCUCAGGACAGCUUCUCUGCCAGCAUCUCAGCCCUGAGUGGUGAUGAUGCGGCGGCCGCCAGGCCCGCUACCACUGCUUAGCUGUCACAGUCGAGACGUGCUGGAGACAGCAGCGGCCGACGCCUCUGCGGGCCAGCCGGACUCGUACUGCUGUCGCUUCUGCCCGCGGCCCGGCGCCACCCACCUGCUGGCCUCGGCCGACGAGGAUGGCGCCAUCAAGCUGUGGGACACACGGCCGGCCGCCGACGUCGCCCUCACGCAGUGCGUGGCGGCGCACACUAACGCCGUGUACGAGCUGGACUGGUCGGCGGACGGCCGCCACCUGCUCUCGGCCGCCGGCGACCGGGCCAUCAAGCUCUGGGACUCGGAGCGGCUCACGCUGCUGGCGGAGUUCCGUCGCCACUCGCGCACCGUCAAGACCGUCACCUUCCUCCCGGAGGACCCAUGCGUGUUCGCCUCAGGCGGCCGGGACGGCGUGGUCGAGGUGUGGGACCUCCGCGUGGCCAAACAAGUCAGCCACGAGAUUCGCCCGCGGCCCACAAACAAAACAGGCGGCCGAGGUCGGAGCGCGGCUAGCAUGGCGCCGGCCAGCGUCACCUCGCUGGUGUUCCGUGACGAUACCUACCUGCUGUCGGCCACCAGCGGGGACAGCGCGGUGAGCGUGUGGGACCUGCGGAAGCACUACUCUGGUGGCAGCGGCAGCCGGCAGCCGCUGCCGCUGUGCCAGCUGAUCGGCCGGCAGCCAGAGCGGGGCGUGGUCUGUAUGGCCGCCGACCGGCCGCUGGCCCAGCUGUACGUCAGCCGCAUCCAGGACGACAUCCAGCGCUACAGCAUGACCAGCUGGACGGCCGACACCGACGUCUCGUUCAGCGGCCAUGCGUGCGGCUCGUUCUACGUGCGCUGCUGCCUGUCGGCCGACGGCAGUCAGCUGGUGUCGGGCAGCUCGGACCGGCACGCCUACCUGUGGAGCGCGGCGGCGCCCGGGCCGCCACUGGCCCGCCUGCCCGGCCACGCCGACGAGGUCACCUGCGUCGCCUGGAGCUCCGAUGGACGCACGCUGGCGACUGUAUGUGAUGACCUACGACUGCGGCUGUGGCGGGCUGACGUCACGCCUCCGACUGAAGACGGCGACUCGCUGCUCAUGGAGGCGAUGUCCGGAGCGCCGCGCGCGCCGCUGCCGCUCUACACGCUCGGACCUGUGAACGACCCUCGUGCGCCGGCGGCGGCCGAGUACCGCUCGCCGACGGCCAACCUGCCUAACUGGGUGGCGGACGGUGUGUCGCCGCACCGACCGGUGGCGGCGCGGCCGCAGCGCACGCCGCGCGCCGACUGGCUUACCUGUCUGUCGCAGAAGAAGCGCGCGCAGGUCAACUGCAAGACGCGUCCCGACACGCUCACGCUGCCCGGCUCGGCCGGCAGCCGCCGUCACCAGGGCCGGGCCGACAAACCACGGCCCGCGGACCGGCGCGCGACGCUCCUGCGGCGGGGGGAGGGGGCGUGCACCAAGGCACGGGCACUGCUCAGCUCGGCCUCUGACGUCUGUCCGGCUGCCGUGCCGGACCACAGCCCGCAGAGCCUCGUCUGA